AUGCUUUCAUCAUCUGACGAACGUGUAUCGAAAUUGUUCAUAUCAUCAACACCAUUUACAUCUAAUUUCUUAUCUCAUUCACUCUCAAGUAGUAGUCAUCAAACUGACAAUAUGGAUAGUAACAAUAGGGAGCCUUUUAUCUUACGUCUACAAACAGGUUGUCGUUAUCUAUCUAACUGUUCAUAUUCAAGUGGUCAACAAUUGCCUGAAUUAUGGCAUUAUACUCUGAUUGGUUUAGAUAGAUUAUUUUCAGCUGUUCGAAAUUUAUCAUUUUGUGGUCAAUUGCUCAUUGAAUCAGGUCCAUUAACAGCGGAUCUGAUAACUCGUCUAAUAGAGCGUCGACAAUGGGUUGCAGCUCCAAGUCCACAAAUUCUUUUACAGCCUGCACUAUAUUUCUUUCAACAUUCUAAUCAAUCCUCUGAUAAAGAGUCAAGUUCAACAUGGUUGUCUAUGAAGAUUAAUUCGUCAACUGGUCAUUUUUGUGAACUUAUUCCUCCAGGUACUUAUCUCAUGUUUUCCUCUGCUGGACCAGAGAACUCUACUCUAGACGAUGCAUACGAACAGGUGGCAAUGGCUAUUUCAUUUCAUUUAGAUCAUUUCAAUGGAAAGUCAAAUAUUCGUUUAGAAAGAGAAUUGAGUGAAAUUAAUUUCAACGAUCCAGAUGAUAUUUACAAUCAUAUGCGCAAGCGUACAGUUGAGUCACCCACGUCUUCAUGUGGUAAAAUGUUUUCAGUUGGUCAGUCACGUUUGGGUAGACCUAUUUAUGCAUUUACACUUGGUCCUAAGUACACUACCUUGGAGUUGAAAAUAGAGAAUGCAACAUCGCUAACUGGUGCUUCUACAAAUUCAAACAUAAUAUCAGACAGUGAAUUUCUCUUUGAUGUGGUCAAUGAUAGCUAUCCUGUGAAUCAUUCAAUGAAGCAUAUGCCGAAUAUAGCCAUUAUUGGUAAUUUACACGGUCAUGAUCGUUUAACACCUCAAUUAUUGACUCAUUUUCUAAAUUUUCUAUGCGAUAGUCGUAGUAGUCAGUCGACUGUGAAUAAUUUACUCAAUUCCGCCACAAUCACUAUCAUUCCAGUUCCGAAUCCUGAUGGUCUGCACAAGUCAUGGAUAAAACAGUCGGCAACAUCCAGCUGGAAAAAUCAUGAAAACUUACCGUUUGAUCGAGAAUAUUGUUAUCAUUCUGAAAGCGCUGAAGACACAAUACCUCUUGGCUAUACAAAUGACGAUGGUGUAGAUUUAUGGGAACAGUUAAUCAGUCUUACGGGAAGCAACUCGACAACCAGCCAUCAUUGGUGGUGGGAAUCAAAAUCUAGCUUCGAAUCUACCUUGAAAUCACUUGCACCAGAAAAUUUAGCUCUACUGAAAUGGUUACAGUCAUAUCAAGCAGAUUCGAUUAUAAGUUUUCCAACUGAUCAAAUACCCGAUAUUAACUAUGAUUCAGAUCCUAGUGAAUCUUCUUAUGGUCAGGAUUUGGUAUUAGAAAGCUAUAACUGGUUACGAUUUUUAGGCAGAUUACUUUCGCCUAGUUUUCAUCGUCCAUCUAGUAUGUGUGCAAUAAAUCAUCCACAGUUCUUGAAAACAUUUUCAAAGGUUGCCGAUCGACGUCGUAGACCUGGUGAUUUUCGUUUCCAGUAUGAACGUGAACAAAAACUUGAGAAUAAAUUUGCUAAAGCAGCUGCUCUAGCUCUUGGUUUAGCCUCUAUGAACCCACAGUUGGCUUUAGAAGAAACAACAGAUUUUCAACUUCAAUCCAGUUUAUCAUUUCCACCACCAUUGCCUCUAAUGAUACCGCCAAGUAUUGGUCUAACAUUGUGUCCUGGUUGUUUUUCACCCACUCCAUCUGGUGUUGCUAGAGUAUGGACAGACUACAGAUUUCCAAGCUUGCUAGUUGGCCUAAUUGAGCACACUAGUUUAACUGGUCUGGGAAGUUUUGGUGUGAUAGGUCAUGUUCAUGAUUUAAGCGACCAACCAAUACCAUGGGUUCGCAUACAUAUUGACUAUAUUCGUAGUGAAUUGUCUACUGGAUCAAGUGAUCGAAAUGGUCGUUUCAGUGUGAUACUACCACCGGGAAUGUAUCGUUUCACGCUAAGAGCUCAUGGUUAUUUGGAUCAUAGUGAAAUCGUUAAUGUUGAUAUAAUGAAAAGUCCAAUUCACCAUAUAUUUUAUUUGAAACAUCUUGGUGGUUUAUCAGCUGCCUACCGUUUAUAUGUACUUGGUAUGAUUGCUUCAAUCAUCGUGGUAGUUUCAUUCACUUUAACUAUCUGUCUAUAUUAUCAUUUCUGUUAUCAACCACGUACACCGUAUGCUAUUGUAAGACGUUCAGCUGGUAAAUUGGACACCUCAUCAUUAUCUUCAAGUAAUCAAAUUAAACGUGGACCAUACUCUUUGUUAGCACUAGAUGAUAAUGAUGAUACACAAGAGGUAGAUAACAUUGUUAAUGAUCAACGAAUAAUUCAUUGUGAUUUUGAUUUUCAUGAGAUGAAUAAAAUGAAAUCGUUGAUUAAAACAAAAUUAUUUAAUAAACGUAUCACAAAUCGUAUACAUAAUAAAAAUCGUAAAUAUAAACCAAAAUUAUUAUCAACAUCAUCAUUUGACGAUGAUAUCCUUGAAGAAGUUCAACUUGUUUAA